AUGAGAAACACUGCAGGUGUGUUCUUGUUAAUUCCUUUUUUAAAUACAGUGCAAUCUUUUCAUAAACGUCCAGGCGUAAACUACUGUACUCUUGGAGUGGUGCUUCUAAAACAUCGAGUAAUGUGCGAGCCCCUGCGUUCACUCUGGGUUCUUAGAAAUGGAAAAUGCAGGGAGGCUCUUCAUUGCAUUGAUGGAUACUCGAAAAAAGAAUGUGAGACAAAUUGCAUUAAAAAACACCAAUCAAAACCUGAACCAAAAUCCAAACAUAAAUCUAUACUUAGUCUCAAGUCAAUACCGCAGGCCGUAUCUAUAAUAACUUGUGCAACAACCAUUGCUGAAAUUAAAACAACAACUAAGCAGUAUGAAACAUCAACAGGGGGCAAUUUACCUUCGACCAGAGAAACUAGGCGACCCAGAAGAACUCGAAGAACUAGAGUUUAUACGAUCAAGGAGAUAUGCUAAUUAAGUAUUUUCACAAAAUAAAUACAUUUUUCAAAGGGUA